AUGCGUGGUGAAGAAUAUGUUGGAUAUAGGAAACCUAAAGGAUGCAAAGCCAUACAAGAUCAAGUUCGUACUGCAAAAAUGAUGGGACCACCAUGCACAUCAAGUUUUUGUCAAAAGAGUAAGUUGAGAGGUUGCCAAAGGUUCGAAGAGGAGACUAGAAAAUCGAAGCAUGAUAAAUUUUGGAAAACGAUGAACUGGGAUCAACGUAGAGUUUAUGUUGCUGGUCUGGUCACGCGCUCUGCUCAUUCCCGCUAUACAAAAUCUGCCUCAGAAACUUCACGACGAGAAGGCACAUUUCAUUAUUAUUUGCCGAUAGAAUCAGACAUGAAAGUCCAGGUUUGCAAAGAAAUGUUUUUAAGUACCUUAUCGCUUUGUUCUACUGCCGUGCAGUCUUGGGUAAAACGAGCAGAAUUUGCAACGGUGCCUAGUCAAAGUGUCCAAAAUGAAGAGCCUACAGUUAGCAGAUUUACAUUUGACAAGGAAUACAAUAAAAAAAAUUUGGCGUUUUACGUAUUAAAAAAGGACAUGUGUGACACAUGCGCUAGUUACCAAACUGGAAAUUAUGAUGAGCAUACUUUCCAAUUGCACAUUUUGAAAAAAAAUCGAGCACGACAAGAAAAGGAGGCGGACAAAAAACUUGCUGUAUCUGGAAAACUCAUACUAGUCACUAUGGACUUGGAAGCGGUUAAAGUUUGUUUAGUUUACUCUUUAUUGCACUCAAAAUUUUACAUAGAAACAAGUAAAUAAAUUAGUUACAAGGGUGGGCUUAUCUCUAUAAGAGAUAUCAAUAUUCGUCCAUAUUUAACGGCAAGUGCUCUCUAUUUUAAGACAAAAUUGACUUGCCACAACUUUACCAUCUUCAACCCAGCUAUAAAGCAUUGCAAAUGUUACUGGUUUACCGAAACAGCAAGUGAUUUAACAGCUAGCACAUUUGUUUCGUUUGUUAUAGAUUAUUUGGAAAUUCAUUGUCUGCCCAAACAGUUACCUAUUGUUAUAUAUUCAGAUAGUUGCACAUACCAGAAUCGAAACACUAUUCUGUCUAAUGGUCUUCUAAAUUUUAGCAUCAAGUACAAUGUCACCAUAACUCAUAAGUAUUUAGAACCGGGUCACACACAAAUGGAAUAUGACUCGGUUCACAGUGCCAUUAAGCGAAAGCUCAAAAACAGGGAAAUUCAUCUUCCGAGUGAUUAUGUGUCUGUAACUAAAGAAGCUCGCAUUAAAGAGCAAUAUGAGGUAGUUGAAGUUGACUACAGUUUCUUUAAAAAUUAUGCAGAUUCUUCUACUUUUUUAUAUAAAAGUAUUAGACCAGGAUAUAAAGCUGGUGAUCCUGUUGUAACAGACCUGCGUGCCAUGAAAUACAAACCAAAUGGUGACAUCCUCAUAAAACUAAACUUUGAUGAGGAUUGGAUGGCUUUGCCUCAAAGACGGUACAAAAUUGAUACUACAUAA